GCAUAUUUGACGUUUGUCAAUUGACGCUUUCGCUGACGCUGACGGCUAAAAGAAGCCAGACGACAACAAGACGCGCACGAGACAUCGCAGACAGCGGGAAGCUUGUUUCAUUGUGUGAACGAUUGACUGAAGCUUUACCAUGCCUGUGGCCUCCACCAGGACAGAGCCUGUGCCCCAGGUGGUGGACGCGAUGAGCGACAGCACGGCCAGCUCCACCACGGCUAAUGACCUGGACCUCAUCUACCUCAAAGGCAUCAUGGAGAGCCCUGUGGAGCAAGAAGAGAGCCUGAAGGAGCUGCGUCUUUCGCCAGUGAGGGAGAACAACGUGGAGCUCCUGCAGGAGAUCCUCAGAGACCUGGACCCCUUCACACACCGUUCCAACACUGCAGCUGAGCUCACCCGCAUUCUCACACAGCCUCACUUCCAGUCUCUCUUGGAGACUCAUGACUCAGUGGCGUCCCAGGCAUGUGACAGCCCACCACCAAGCCCAUGUGAUUUUGUGGAUCAUGAGCCGGAAGGUGACCACAAACACAACUCACACCCGCCACCUGAUGCAAUCCGCAUGGUGGGCAUACGCAAAGUAGCGGGCGAACAUCUGGGUGUGACGUUCAAGGUGGAGGGUGGUGAGCUGAUCAUAGCUCGAAUCCUCCAUGGAGGUAUGAUAGACCAGCAAGGACUGCUGCACGUCGGAGAUAGCAUCAAAGAGGUGAAUGGACGUGAGGUGGGUCAGGACCCCAGGGUGCUGCAGGAGGAGCUGCAAGCAGCUAGUGGAAUUGUGGUUCUGAAGAUACUGCCCAGCUACCAUGAAGCCAUACCUCCGAGACAGGUGUUCUUUAAGUGUCACUAUGACUAUGAUCCAGCCAACGACAACCUGAUUCCCUGCAAGGAGGCAGGAUUAAGGUUUGAGACAGGAGACAUCCUGCAGAUAGUCAACCAGGACGACGUCAACUGGUGGCAGGCCCGUCAUGUGGAGGGUGGUAGCGCUGGGCUGAUCCCCAGUCAGAUGCUGGAGGAGAAGAGGAAAGCGUUUGUCAAGAGAGAUGAGGAACUCACGCCUGCAGGGAAUCUUUGUACUGGUGUUGGUGGGAAGAAGAAGAAGAAGGUGAUGUAUGUGACUACCAAGAAUGCAGAGUUCGACAGGCAUGAGAUAUUGCUCUACGAGGAGGUGGCCAAGGUCCCGCCUUUCAAGAGAAAAACUCUGAUUUUGAUUGGUGCCCAGGGUGUGGGGCGGCGGAGACUGAAGAACAAGCUUUUGCUGAGGGAUCCACUUCUUUUUGGCACCACUAUUCCAUACACAUCCAAAAAGCCCAAAAAGGGCGAUCGCGAGAGUCGGAUGUACGCCUUCACCAGCCGCAGCAAGAUGGAAACUGACAUCAAGAAUGGGCGCUAUCUCGAACAUGGAGAGUAUGACGGCAGCCUGUAUGGAAUCAAGAUCGAUUCCAUACACGAGGUGGUGGAGGCUGGACGUGUGUGCAUACUGGACGCCAACCCUCAGUCCCUCAAAGUGCUGAGGACCUCAGAAUUCCUGCCCUACGUGGUGUUCCUUCAGUCUCCAGAAUUCGAGGUUCUCAAGGCGAUGAACUGCUCGGCUGUAGAGGCAGGGGUGGUUACAAAGACGCUGACGGAUGAGGAGCUGCAGAGGACCUGCAACGAGAGCGCCAAAAUCCAGGCAGCCUACGGUCACUACUUUGACCUCAGCAUCAUCAACGACAACCUGGACGAGACGUACCGCACUGUCAAGGCUGCCCUGGAAACGGUUUCUAAGAACCCCCAGUGGGUCCCCGUCACCUGGGUUUUCUAGAUAGAAGCUGUGGAGGGCCGAGGGGGAGGGAUCAUCAGGAAGAAAAUAAAACAAAGGCACUGAAAAUACACAGCUGUAAAAAUAAUGGAAAUUCUUAUUUAGAUUAAAUCUGACCGCAGCACAAUAGAUUAGCAUCGGAAAAAAUUGUUUUCUCUUAAGUGACAGCAUUGCAGGAUCUUUUCUGUGCCGCGAGGUCAUGGAGGAGGGAACAGAACAAAAUAAGAAUUAGAGGGAAAAAGAAGGAAGUCUUGAAUGUCAGAAAUUCAUAGAUUUUACCUGAACACAUCAAGGACUGUGCCUGCGUGUGUAUGUGUGUGUGUGUGUGUGUGUGUGUGUGUGUGUGUAUGUGUAUCUGUGUGGGUGCAUGCAUGAGUGCGGGGUGCACAGGUAUGUAUUUUUAUCCCGGUUUGUGCAUGGAUUUUAGAGCCAAGAUUUUUGUAUGUUUUUAAAUGAAUGGUGCCAUUACUGAUACUCAUCAGCAGACUCAUUGUUUACAUUUCAUGAUGAGAGAUCUCAGCUCUGAUGGGUAACUCAAUCUGCAAGCUGUGAGCACUAGGAAACUUUACAAACAAAUCUCAUGUAGUCAUUAUUCUUCAUUUAUUUGACCAAAAUGUGUUCACUAAAAUGUUGAAAAUAAUAACAAAAGCCCAUCAUAACAUAUAACUGCUCAUACAGAUGUUAAAAGUGCUUAUUUGCUUGUCUGGCAGUCUGAAAACCCAAAUUCUACAGUAUGAAAAGGAACAUCUUGCUUUUUAUUUAUUGUACUUACACACAUUCACAGGCACUCCAAGAAUAUAAACACUAUUCUUGGUUGACCUGAAAAAAAAAAAAAUCUGUAACAUUAUUAGUGUGAAAGUCUCCUGAGAUAGAUUCAAAUUUAUUGUCAAUUUUUCACAGCAUACUGGACUGUUUUAAGGUCUAAGUCAUCUCCCUUCGAGUUUGUUUUGGCUUUGUUCAUGAGCUAACUGGCAAUCAAUAAUAACAACUCAGAAGACAAUACACAGGGGUCACAACAGUCAACAGGAUAGGAAGAGUCAUAUGUGUGACUCUCAAAACUGGAUUUAUUUUAAAUUAGUCACUGACUUUUCUACCUGAAUUACUUGUUAAUUGCACAAUUUCAAAACACUUUUUCAAAUAAAACAAUCUCAAGCUAGAGAUCUGAAGGCCCCCAGUAUUGGUGGAUAGAGGAGGCAUUUCAUAGUUUGAAACACCUCAACAUAUGAACACACACACACACACACACGUGGAAAACAUUGUACAGAAGCUCUAUUUUACUACAGCAUUGUGUUUCAUAUGAAAGGGUAAUUGUGAUCAACACCAUCACUUCUAAUUUGUGCUUUUUAUUUUGUAGUAUUCAUAACUUAAAAUAAAACCUAUUUGUUGUAUUUAUGAACUCAGUUGUAAACUUUGUAGAUAGCAUGUAGAUACACAAUAAUAUAAUAGAUACUGAUUUAGUAGGUAUGAAAUUCUUGCCUAGUAUUUGCAGUACGUGACACUGUAGUGAUACAUCAGUAAAGACGUAUACAGUAGCCUACAAGUGAACAACACAACAACGAAAAAUCACUGUUCUAGUCUAACUCUACAAAACUGAAGCACUUCAAAACAGAAGUGUGAAAAUGUGAAGAUAAUUUAAAUUUCAAGAGAAAUUUGGAUCAUUUUGUUUUUCCUUCAGCUUUUCAGAUGUUGUGUUGUGCGCUCUCGGGUCUCCAUACGUGUAACACUGUCCAUGGUGCCCACUUCAGAAAGCUUACUGAGCAGCUUGUUUGUACUCAUAUCAUUUAUUGUGGCAGCUACUGAAUACUCUUGAUGCACAAUGAAUUGUUUAGCGAUAAAUUAGAAACAUGUUAGAGGAGACAUUUUUAGUGGCUCAUUCUUUGUAAAAUGACAUUUAUAUUAUGCUCUACUUUUUAAAAGUGUUGUUUGUGUGGCAGCUAUUUGGAUCUCUGGAGUGAGUGGUGUUGAGAUACACCACGUUUGUUGAUCUCUCGAGGACAUUCCAAAACCUCACUGUGUCCUUUUUUGAUAAAAUCUCAUGAAUGCAAUAAAAUCAUUUUUGUCACUGUAUAUUUACUUCCUGUUAUACAAUUAAAAGUAUACAUUCUGAUUUUAGUACUCCCCAUGAUCUAGACAUGUAAAAUCAGUGGAGUACUCCUCAAAAUUCAAUAGUGUGCAUUUUAACUUAAUGCUUAAGCUACAUCCCUACAGUCACGCAUGGCUCCAAAAUGGACAGCGAACUGAGCUUGUAUUUUCAUUGUGGGACUGAUGAUUGUAGUCAGACAUAGUCCAUGCUUCUGUCAUUGAAUAAACUACGGUUUGAUUGAAAUCCUGUGUGCUUUCCUGUGACUGAUAAUUUCCUCGGUGUGGUAACUUCCUUCAGAAACUGCAUGCAAUAUAGCAAGAUUUAUUUUUUGUACAUGUUAAAAUCAACCCUAAGAUAGCAUGUCUGGAUCCUGGGUGUCAGGUGAUCAGGGUGGGAAGUCAUACAUUUCAAACCCUCAUUCUCAACAGAGGUGUCCCUCAGGGCUAGGUACUUCCCCUACUGGACUCCUCGCAC